AUGAUUGAUCCAUUCCUGGUCCCACACCAGUAUUAUAAGAAAGGGGAUAUAAACAUUGAUAUGAUUGCCUCACUGAACACCUUCAUCUUUGAUGAAAUACCAUUCAACAACCAGCCAACAACAAAGAUGACAGAUGAACUUAUGACAAAGUCUAAGAACUACCAGCAUAUCCUGUCUCUGGUUUUUGCAGUGAAUGAGAUAAAUAAAAACCUGAAGACCUUACUAAAUGUCAGCCUUGGCUUUCACAUUUAUGACAGUUAUCUAAAUGCAAGAAUGAUCCAUCAGAAUACUUUGAAACUUCUUUCCAGCCAGAAAACAAUUGUUCCCAACUUCAAAUGUUUUAAGCAAAAGAAUAUGAUAGCUGUCAUCGGAGGACUUAGCUUUGAAAUUUCCUUUUACAUGACUACUCUUUUAGGCAUCUACAAGAUUCCACAGAUUGCCUACUGUGUGAAUGCUCCAGAGAUGGAUGAUAAAAGCCAGCUCCCUCCAUUCUACCGGAUGGUGCCCAAUGAAGAGUAUCAGUAUGCAGGGAUUGUCAAGCUUCUUCUUCAUUUCCAAUGGACGUGGGUUGGGAUCCUCACAAUGGAGAAUGAUAAUGGAGAGAAAUUUCUGCAGACUUUAAUACCAAUGCUUUUGAAGCAUGGAAUCUGCACAGCCCUCAAUGAAAAAAUACCAGCCACAACUCAUGCUGUAGAGACGUUGAGUUCAUUUGACUCUAUCCUGGACAAGGCCAGUUAUCUAUCCAAUUCUGAAGUCAAUGUAUUGAUAGUAAAUGCAGAAACUGGUGUCAUGACAUAUUUGACAUGGGUAAUGCUUAUAUAUGCAAUGCUGAAAGAUAUAAAAGUGACAUCCAUCAGUAAAGUGUGGAUAACAACAGCCCAGUGGGAUUUCUCAGCUGACGUGAUGCACAGGGCUUUUGACAUACAGGUGUUUCAUGGUUCAUUAUCUCUUGCAAUACACUCAAAUGAAGACUUGGGUUUCAGAAAAUUCCUUCAGGUCUUACAUGCUAAGAUGACCAAAGACAAUGAUUUUUUGAGGAUCUUCUGGCAGCAAGCAUUCAACUGCUCAUUUCCUGAUUCUAAGGAGGAAGAGAUGAGAUCAGUUACUUGCACUGGUGAAGAGAAGCUGAACAGUCUCCCGGGGACUCUCUUUGAAAUAAGUAUGACUGGCCAAAGCUAUAGCAUCUACAAUGCAGUUCAUGCCAUAGCACAUAGUUUACAGAAAAUGUAUUCAACCAGGCAAAAACACAGAGCAAUGUUGGACAGAAGUAGAUUGGAUCUUCCAGAAGUGCAACCUUGGCAGGAAGUGGGAGUGGAGAAAGAAGAACUGAAAUUGCUUCAUUCUCUCCUAAGGAGUACCUCAUUCAACAAUGGUGCUGGAGACACUGUUUCUUUAAAUGAGAAUGGUGAAUUGGCAGCGGGAUUUGAUAUUAUAAAUUGGGUUACCUUCCCAAACCAAUCUUUUUCACGAGUGAAAGUGGGAGAGAUGGAUCCAUACACAACACAGGGUCAAACAUUCACCAUUAAUGAAGGGGCUGUCAUAUGGCACAACACAUUUAAUCAGAUCCUGCCAACUGCUAAGUGUAAUGAUAAUUGCCUUCCUGGAUACAGCAGAAAAAAGAAAGAGGGGAAGCCAUUCUGUUGCUAUGAUUGUGUACCAUGUCCAGAUGGGAAGAUUUCAGACCAAAAGGACAUGGAUAACUGUUUCCAGUGCCCAAAAGAUCAAUUUCCAAACAGAAACAGAGAUCAAUGCCUCCCCAAGCGACCAAACUUCCUCUCUUUCACAGAAGCUUUAGGAAUCUGUUCAGUUUUUUUCAGUUUGUCUUCUUCUUUCAUCACAGCUUUGGUGUUAGGAAUUUUCAUCAAGCACAAGAAUACUCCCAUCGUCAAAGCCAACAAUCGGGAACUUACAUAUUGUCAGCUAGUCUCCCUAUUGCUCUGUUUCCUUUGUGCCUUGCUGUUCAUUGGUCGGCCCAAUGCAGUAACGUGCUACUUAAGACAAAUUUCUUUUGCCAUCAUUUUCUCAGUGGCUGUUUCUACCAUAUUGGCAAAAACGAUAACUGUGGUUGUGGCUUUCAUGGCCACCAAACCGGGAUCAAGAAUGAGGAAAUGGGUGGGGAAAGGUUUGGCCAAUAUUGUUCUUCUCGGCUGCUCCUUUAUCCAAACCAAUAUUUGUGCUGUAUGGCUCAGUACCACUCCUCCAUUUCCAGAUUUGGACAUGGACUCUAUAGCUGAAGAAAUCAUAGUGGAGUGCAAUGAGGGAUCCAUCACAAUGUUUUAUUGUGUUCUAGGAUACCUGGGAUUUCUUGCCAGUAUCAGCUUCACUGUGGCUUUCCUAGCCAGGAAGUUGCCAGACAGUUUCAAUGAAGCCAAGUUCAUCACUUUCAGCAUGUUGGUGUUUUGCAGUGUUUGGUUGUCCUUUGUUCCAGCAUACCUGAGCACUAAGGGGAAAUACACAGUGGCUGUGGAGAUCUUCUCCAUCCUGGCCUCUAGUGCUGGAUUACUUGGUUGUAUCUUUGCCCCCAAAUGCUAUAUAAUUAUCCUGAGGCCUUCCUUGAACAGCAGAGAACAGCUAAUAAAGAGGAAUAUAUAG